GUACAGGUGUCUUGUACAGCGCAAUGGCUACUACAACUCACGGAUCCUAUACGGGAUCUUCACAGAUUCACUCGUUUGAUGGCCUCUUGUUUGACUUUGACGGGACAAUAAUCGAUUCUACGGAUGCUAUUGUCAAGCAUUGGCAAGAGCUAGGCAAAGAAUUGGGCGUAGACCCGGAAGCCAUCCUUGCUACUUCCCAUGGAAGGAGAAGCAUUGACACUCUGGCUCUUUACGAUAAGACCAAAGCCAAUUGGAAGUAUGUCAGCGCGAUUGAAGGGGCUCUGCCACGAAAGUACGGCAAGGAUGCUACCGAAUUACCUGGAGCACGAGAUCUUCUCAAUCAACUAGUUGAAGCCAAUGCUCCGUGGGCAGUCGUCACCUCAGGAACUCGAGCAUUAGUUACCGGCUGGCUCGAAGUUCUCAAACUAGGCCACCCAAAACAUCUUGUCGUGGCCGAGGAUGUAGAACAAGGUAAACCCGACCCGCAAUGCUACCAACUCGGCCGUUCGAAACUCAGCGAGGAUGUGGGCUUUCCAUCAGACUCGACCAACAUGCUGGUCGUCGAGGAUGCUCCGUCUGGCAUCAAGGCUGGCAAAGCCGCUGGGUUCAAGGUCCUUGCUCUUGAGACAACACAUACUAUCCAGCAACUCAAGGAUGCGGGAGCGGAUUGGAUUGUGAAGGACUUGAGAAGUGUGCAAUUCAAGUCGUGGAGUCAGCGGGGUAAGGUGGAAAUUGAAGUCAGGGACACGCUCCAGUCAUGAUGGCGAGCGCAUGUGGGAGGAAUGGCAAUCAAGUGGUCCAUGACUCCGCUGAAAUAAAAAAGAAUGACAAGUUGUUUGUUUUGCGUCGAGGUUGGCAUGUCUGCAAAUAGAUUAGAACGAUACAUACAUGUAAGAAAUAUGACAAAGACGAUGUGGUACGUGACCUUAGGUCGUGGGCAACCGGUUCAUUAAGAUCCAGUACCUACCUAGACAGGUACUAGGCAUCAUCACACGUAGAUUGAUGUGCGUAGUACUUGGUGGCAUCCAUGGAUACGCUACGACACGCCUCAAGCCCAGCAACAAACAGCGAACGUGCAGAGAU